UACACAUCCGGCGUACAUAACCUCAAAAAUGCCCCAAAAUGAAUAAAUCCAAGAAAACCAAGCACCUCUUCGACAAAAAAAUCGACUUCGAGAAAACCGAAGCCUUGGAAUUACCACAAGAAGCCUACGGGUGCAGCAAGUGGUCACUACCCUCCUUCCAAGCGGAGAAAGAAAACCUCAACAAAACCAAAAGUUUGCUCAACCAGUUUGAUCUGGAGGAGUGGUCCCGGCACACCAAACACCGGGACCCCUCGAGCUACAUCAUUCGCUUCGUCAAACAAAAAUUCCAGCCGGAGCUUGUAACCCAAGCGUGGUGUAAGUUCUACGAGUGUCUCUGCAGCUACCCCAUCAUCCCCAAAGACGCCAUCAGCAGCGGCCGCUUCUCCAGCGUGCACCUAUGUGAGGCCCCAGGGGCCUUCGUGAGCGCUUUGAACCACUUCAUGGCAAGCCACGACUUGGGGCUGCAGUGGGAGUGGUACGCGAAUUCGCUGAAUCCGGACUAUGAAGGCAACUCGCUCCAGGAGAUGAUUCCAGACGACCGGCUGGUGAGGCACACCUAUCAGAAUUGGUACUUUGGGACCGACUGGACUGGGAAUAUCACCAAGUACCACAACCAUGUGGGUUUGUUGGAAAAAGUUCGCGAAAAAGUGUGGUUAGUUACGGCAGAUGGCAGCAUUGAUUGUAGUUUGGACCCCGGGAAUCAAGAGGCGUGUGUCGAGUUUCUCCACUACUGUGAAACGAUGACGGCUUUAUCGAUACUCAGAAACGGUGGGACGUACGUUUUGAAAAUUUUUACCGCGUUUGAGGACUCCACCAUCUGUCUUUUGUUUUUGUUGAACGUGGUUUUUCACAAAGUUUCCGUUUUUAAGCCAGCGUCGUCCAAAAGUGGCAACUCUGAAGUGUAUGUAGUUUGUCAGGAGUAUAAAGGGGGUGCGGUUUUGGAACCGCUUUGGGACAAAUUGAUGUCGCCUUACAAACUCGGGCACUUUGACGAUAAGUCGAUGUUCGACUUGAACGAAAUCGACAAAGAAUUUCUAAAUCAGCUCUUACGAGUCACUACAUAUUUUAAAAAGAAACAGAUAGAGAGAAUCAGCGAUAAUAUAAGUAAUUUUAAAAACGAAUCAAAAACAGAAGCCGGGAAAGUCCACCAGAUCAAAGUGUACGUCGCGAAUAGAUACAUACACAAGUACGGACUCAAAAGCAUUCCACUACAGUACAAACUGGUGAAAAAUGUAGACGUAUCUCAGUUUUUACCAAUUGAUUUCAAAAAACUGGAUUUCGUCGACCGGGUGUGUAAGAUUGAGGUUAGAAAUUUGGUUGCGGUAAGCGUAACGGGCGAUAUUUUAGACAUAAAAAUAGGAGAGAGGAUAAAUGAAGUGAAAAGUUCACGUUUUUGCAAAAAAGAACUCUUACUUAAGUUUACACUAAGCAACAAAAGCAAAAAUGAUUCUUUUUUGUACCAAUGUGUCCAUAAAAUUUUAUCUCAUAGUACGACUGUAAUCAAUUUUGAUCACUGUAAUUUUAGCACGUAUAGCGAAUUCCAAAGAUAUAUUUUUUAUAGGAUUUUAAACUCUAGUGGUUGCAAUUUUGUCUUCGUCAAAAUUCCUUUUGUUACGAAUUUUUUGGCAGGGUUGAUGUUCGUUUUAAUAUCUUCGUACGACAAAGUGUACGUGCAUAGAAGCGGUUUUAUGGUUGUGGCGGACUACACAGGACGUAGUUUUGAAAGAGCUAAACAACUUUUGGAAAUUGUGGAACGAAAGUAUGCUUCGUGCGAGUUUCCUUGUGAUAUUUUUCAGAUCUUGUCACCUAGUUUGUUAUACAACACUUAUUUUGAAUUUCUGUGGAAUUAUAACAAUCUUGUGUUAUCGAAAAUCUAGAUAUUUUUGCACUUUUGUGGUAAAUAAAGCUCCAAAUAUUUUCUAAUCCAAUUUAUUCAUUAAAAUAAAGACAAAGCUCCUCGAAAUCGCACUGAAUAUAAUAAAUGGAAUCGGUAAAAACAAAGACACCAUACGAAUGGCUUCAUGUUUACGCUACCUGUCAUUACACGUUAUAAAUAAUUUAAAUAUUGACGUUAAAAUCUAUACAACCUAUUCCUACAGAUCUACGCCUAUGGUCAGUUAAGUCAUAACAAUUACAACACUAUAAAAGAAGAAAUUUCCAGUGGCAGCUUGAUAAAUGCCUAAGUCAUGUGAAUGAACAAUCGCACCCUGGGCCGGGCCGUGCACAGAUCGGAGUGUUUUCGCAAAUGCUCUUUUCCAAAUAGAUUCUUUUUCGUAAACACAACACAAG